CAGACCCAUCCUCAACUCAAACUUAUUUUCCCACACUUCUCUCCCACUUACUGUUAAAUGAGUACACCAAACCCGACCCAAACUGACGAUGGGCCCUGACCCACUUCGCCGGCAAUGGGAAAGUCCGGAGAAGAAGACCACUCUCUACCAUCCACAGUUGCCGCCGAGGAUCCAUGGCGGAAUGCAGUGGGGUCCGGCUGCAUCUUUUCUGUUGUUGGAAUCAAAUGCGUUAUUGUCUUGCUUUUCUCAGUUGCAGUUUUUCUCUCAGCACUCUUCUGGUUACCACCAUUCGUUCACUUUGCAGAUCCCAAAGAUCUUCAUUUCAAUUCUAAGUACAAAGAUCAUGAUAUCGUUGCAAGCUUUUAUAUGCAGAAGCCAGUUUCUGUGGUAAAAGACAAUAUUUUGCAGCUUUCUGAUGACAUUUUUGAAGAGAUAGGGGUUCCCUCAACCAAAGUGGUCAUCUUGUAUGUGGAUUGGAUCUCUUACCACGAUCAAACAUGACAAAAGUCGUGUUUGCAGUUGAUCCUGAUGGUAAAUAUUCAGAAAUGUCUGCAGCUGCCAUUAGUUUGAUAGGAGCAUCAUUUAAAGACUUGGUUAUGCGCCAAUCAUAUCUCCUGCUCACUUCAUCCUUAUUUGGGGUACCCUCCGAUUUUGAGGUGCUGAAAUUUAAGGGAGGGAUCACUAUCAUUCCACAACAAAGUGUGUUUCCUCUGCAAACAGUGCAAACACUAUUCAACUUUACUUUGAAUUUCUCCAUUUACGAAAUACAAACAAAUUUUGGUGAGCUGACUAGUCAACUAAAGAAUGGGCUACAUUUGGCUCCUUAUGAGAACUUGUAUGUCAUCUUUUCAAAUUCUGAAGGUUCUACAGUAGCUGCUCCUACCACAGUUCAAACGUCUGUCUUACUUGCAGUUGGGAUUACACCAUCAAAGGAGAGGCUAAAGCAACUGGCACAAACCAUAAUGGGACAUCAUUCAUGGAACCUUGGGUUGAAUAACACUCAGUUUGGUAGGGUUAAGCAGGUUCGGCUAUCAUACAUCUUGCAACACUCCCUUCAUGGCACCGGCAGUGGUGGCUCUGCAUGGUCACCUUCCCCUGCCCCUCUACCUCAUCCUCACCACCACCACCACCACCACCACCACCACCACCAUCACCACCAUAGUCACCACCAUAGUCACCACCAUAAUACACAUGUUUUUCCUGAAACUUCACCUUCACCUGCACCUACAACUGGGGAAGGUGCUGCUUCACCUGAAUUUGGUUCUCUGGCCCCUGCAAGAAGUCUGCCUGGCCCAGGGAGAAGUUCUUAUGCUCAACCUCCGAAAUGCCAAUCCGGGUAUAGAAAGAGAUCUAGCCAAAAUACUCGAAAACAGUUUGGUCUAACACCUGCAGUUGCUCCUACUAAUGCCCCACACUAUCCUGUUCCGUCACCACAGGAUCGACCCUCAGCACAUGGUUUUCAUUUCUCAGUUCCUGCCUUAAGUCCUUUACCAAACAUAGCAUUUGCGCAUGUCGGGCCCCCUCCUAAGAAUGAACCAUCUGCUGAACGUCCCAGCACACACGUUCAUGGCCCCUCACCAUCUUUAUAUUCUGCAGGUUGUGCCGGGACUGUUAAUUGGAUACCAUUAAUGUUUUCCGUAAUUUUAUUACUUGUAUAAGCAAGUUCUGAACUAUAUCAUUCAGCCAGAUAAACCAGAGAGUUAUUAAGAAUGAGUGAGCUAAGCAAAGGCUAUCUCACAUCUGAGUGAAUACGAGGUGUUAUUAAGAGUGUAAAUAGUUGAUUAAAAAAUCCAAGAACAAAUGUGCCCUUCAAAGAGGGGAAAAAAAUCUAGACAGUGGAUGCGUUUUCAGGUCAAAGUCUUAAAGUGGCAGGCCUUGAUUACGUGCAUUCCUGUUGUUCUGUAACAGUAGAUGGAAAAA